GGACACUCCCACUGGAGGGCAGGAAGUUGUGGUUGCCUAGCAAGUUUCUCAUUCACGGUGCAAAGUUUGGAGAGGUGUAGCUCGGGCUGAGUUUCUACUGUGUGUUCGCUGUGUUUUUAAGAGAUUGUCCCGUUCCAGGAGCAGGGGGAAACGUUGACAGUGCAACAUGUCGGUCGCUGGGUUUAAGAAGCAGUUCUACAAAGCCAGUCAGAUGGUGAGUGAGAGGGUUGGAGGUGCAGAAGGAACCAAACUGGACGAUGACUUUAAGGAACUUGAAAGGAAAGCAGAUAUCACCAGCAAAGCGCUUCUGGAGGUCAUGGGUAAAACGUCUGAGUACCUCCAGCCCAACCCUGCAACCAGAGCUAAGCUCACCAUGCUCAACACGGUGUCCAAAAUCCGGGGGCAGGUGAACAGUCCAGGGUAUCCGCAGCCCGAGGGCCUGCUGGGGGAGUCUAUGACCAAAUAUGGACGGGAAAUGGGCGAGGACACCAACUUUGGCGGGGCUCUUCUAGUCGUUGGAGAAGCGAUGAAGAGGAUGGCCGAAGUAAAGGAUGCUCUGGAUAUUGACGUGAAGCAGAACUUCAUCGACCCGCUCCAAGCAGUCGCUGACAAGGACGUCAAAGACAUUCAGCACCACCUGAAGAAGUUGGAGGGCCGCCGUCUUGACUACGACUAUAAAAAGAAACGUCAAGGAAGAAUCCCAGACGAGGAGAUCAGGCAGGCCCUGGAGAAGUUCCACGAGUCCAAAGAGCUGGCUGAGAGUUCCAUGCAUAACCUGCUGGAAACAGAUCAGGUGGAGCAGGUGAGUCAGCUGUCUUCCUUUGUGGAUUCUCUGCUGCAGUACCACAGGCAGGCCACUCAGAUCCUGGAGGAGGUCACUGAAAAACUCACAGCAAGGGUGAACGAUGCUCAGUCUCGUCCAAGGCGUGAGUUCAGACCCAAACCCAGACAAUCCUUUGACUACGGAGAAGAAUCAAAUGGAGGAUAUUCGCCUACUCCGACGAGCCCUCCAGCUUUCAGCACAGCUGCUGCAAAUUAUCCAGCUGCCUCCAGCCAAAGAUCCUCCGUCAAGAGCAAACUGCCCGAGCCGAGCUGUAAAGCUUUGUACGACUUCGAGCCAGAAAAUGAGGGAGAACUGGGUUUCCAAGAGGGUGACAUCAUCACCCUGGUCAGUCGAAUCGAUGAGAACUGGUUCGAAGGGAAACUUCGCGGACAAUCUGGAUACUUUCCCACCAACUACGUGGAGGUGGUUGUGCCUUUACAACACUAGAAGAAGCCAGUCGAGAGAGGAGCAUCAGGAGGAUGGCUCAUAAAUACAUUAUUAUCCAAUAGCAAAGUCUUUAUAAACCUUUCCUUGCACCUGUGCACUUUGUUCACUACAUCUUUGAAGGCAAAGGACAUGUGCACCAAUAUCUAAUAAGUUAAAAUACUCUUAUUUUUUUCCCAUUUAUAUAGGUUUGUAAUUGUAGAUCUACACGUUUCUGUUUUUACCUUUGUGCCUGCAGGUAGCACACAGAUUUGUGAACGUCCAUGCAGGAGGGGCUGCUUGGUUGUCCUCCACUGCCAUCUAGUGGUACUGUACAAGGGCUCAGUCUUUCUCUUUUCCAUGCCUUUAACAAAUAUUCAUGCUGGGUGGCCUGGUCCAGGUGUAAACUGGCAGUUGAUGACGUUUUGAUGUUUAACUUGUCUAAAGUGACACCCUGUGCCACCAGUAGCUGUUUGUCGGAUUAUAAAGUGCUGAGAUCUCCUGUAAGUCAAUCAGGUUAACGAUCACACUAGCUGUUGUUGGUAUUGGUACCUCUGCUAUUGUUUUUGAACCCACUCACUCACGUUUCUGAACACUAAAGCCAAAGAAACCACACGCUGGUGCAGCUUGUUCUCUCCAGCCUAAAGCAAAUGCUUGGCAUCACAAGAAAGGAUGAUUUCAGCCGACUGCAGAUACGGGACAGGGUUGCACCAUUUAAAAUAAUUGUACUGUUUUCUAAGGCUCUGCUGAUGCUGCUGGUAGUGUCACUCAGUGGUUUUAGGGAUUUUGUUGACAUGUUUGUCCUUGAGUUUUCUGCACACCCCUGUGUUGCUGGGUGAGCUUGGCUUUGAUUUGGAGCAUGGUAAUCAUGCUGAUGUGUGUUUGGCGGGCUUCUACCUGCCUCAGACUGUACUCAGGCCUGAUGGAGAAUCUUACUGAGGACGGGGUUGUCUGCUGUCUCUGGGUUUAGUUCCAGCUAAGCCUAUUACCAGCUAACUCUGAGCUGUCUGGGGCUGUUUACUGAAAAUGCCAACUUUCUCCUGUUGUCAUGACCCCCCCUGUUCAGCCUCCCCGCUCAUCUCUCCCAUAUAUUUAAACGGUGAGUGGAACAGACAGGCCUUUUCAUCAGAGGAGGGCACACAACAGUGGAUUAUGCCCUCCCCCAACCAGUUUUUAUUCACCACCUGCCCCUGUACCCCUUCCUUAUUAUCUGCCCCAUCUCCAGCCUCAGCUUGUUAGCCCAUUCUUGGACUAAAAUAUGCAUUACCUCUCCUUGUACAUAGUUCUUAUUGUUAUGUUUAGGUCGUCUAUCAUUGGUGGUAUGCUCCAGAGCCUUGCUGUGCUGAGUAAUAAGGCGGUUCAGGUGUGGGCUUGCAUGCCUCAUUAGUCAAAAGCCCUCCGUUUAAGAGAAGCAGAAGGUCUGCAGCUAUCACAGCUUGUAUAAUAUCGAUGACUAAUUAUGUUGUGGAACAAAGGGCUAAGAUCAAUUUCUGAGGGUUGCUGCUGUCACAGCCAAACGAGCGCUGCAGCUGACAUCAUUAGACUCUUAAAUUCGGUCAGCUUGCAAUAUUGAUGAAGUAUUAACAGCCUCUUUCAUUAUGCUCCGUUUUAAUGAAAAUGUCCUGUGAAAUAUGUUUGCAUGACUUUAUAGAAGCUUUUGACUUACGCAAAAUCUUUAUUUUUUUGUAACUGUGAUGCUCUGGGAAGGCAACACAUUAGAUUAUCCUGGAUUAUCUCCAAACUAUAUGGAUUACCUCUCUACUAGGCUAAGUGUAUUCUCGUGUAUUGUAUGUUUUUAUUGUAUAUGAAUGGAUGCUGUUCAAGUUUUUCAAAUAAAUAUUAAAGGCUUUCAA